AUGAAUCCUUUGUGUGUCUCCUUUGUCAACGUUUGCACAACCGUAAACUCUGAAUCAUGGCUAAAACCACUUCGUCUCUGCUGCUUUUUCUCACUUCAAUUACACUCACUGUCGCAGCAAACACCACCUAUCCGUCAAUCCCCGGCGUUGACAACGACGAUUGCGCUCUAUCCGGCGAACUAAAGCCGGUCCGAAGAGAGAUUUACGGUGAAGGCCAAAUCUAUGAUAUCAGCCAUCGUUAUACGGAAGACAUGCCGUCUUGGGACAAGAUGGAGGGACUUGGACAGUUCUUAUGGCUUCCUGCUAGCAUUAAGAACGGCUCGCUCGCUAACAACUCAGAGAUGAAGCUCCCGACGCACACUGGAACUCACGUGGAUGCCCCUGGUCACGUGUUCGAUCAUUAUUUUGAUGCCGGCUUCGACGUUGAUACUCUUGACUUGCACGUGUUGAACGGGCCUGCGCUGUUAGUUGACGUUCCAAGAGAUAAGAACAUAACAGCUGAAGUAAUGGAGUCCUUACAUAUUCCGAAGGGAGUACGCCGUGUGCUUUUUAGGACGUUAAAUACAGACAGGAAGCUCAUGUUUAAAAAGGAGUUUGACACAAGCUAUGUUGGAUUUAUGAAGGAUGGAGCAAAAUGGUUGGUGGAAAACACUGACAUCAAGCUUGUUGGUAUUGACUACCUAUCUGUUGCUGCCUAUGACGAUCUACUUCCAGCUCACUAUGUCUUCCUAGAGGGUAGGGAAAUCAUUCUCGUGGAAGGCCUUAAACUUGAUGGUGUGCCAGCAGGAAUAUAUUCAGUCCACUGCUUACACCUAAGAUUGCUUGGUGCAGAGGGAUCACCAAUCAGAUGCAUUCUCAUUAAAUAAUAAUCUUUUCCAGAAUGACAGGGUGUGGAGGAGUUGGAUGGAAUAAGUCGUGUGAAAAAUGGUUUCAGGAUUGAGUGUAGAUUAUCCUUUCCUAUAAAUAUAUGCAGAAAGGUUUACUAUAAAUAACUUGUCAAACUUAUUGGACAUGACUCUUAAGAUUGUUGUAGGUGGCUUUACUGUGGUCAUUGGCACAUUAAUAAUUUAUUGACUGUUUUACCUUUAUCCUAAUAUCUGGGAAAAUGUUUUGUUAAAACUUGAUUUUUAUUACAGUAAGGUCAACUUCUAAUUGCCUUAGGAA